AUUUAGCCAGAGUAGCUUGUGCUGCGGUUUGUGCUGUCAGGACGUUUGCGUGUGUGUGUAUGUGUGUAUGUAUGUGUGUGUAUGUAUGUGUGUGUGAAUCAUGGAGCAGAUUAAUAAUAUUCAGGUGGUUCCUUGCACCAGCUCGAAUUAUCUGAAACCUUUCACGGUGCAUUAUAACCAGAAUGGAACAAAGAAGUCGUGGGAUUUUAUGCGAACCCAUGACAGUGUCUCUGUGCUGAUCUUCAAUACCACCUCUCAUUGCUUCAUCCUGGUCAAGCAAUUCCGCCCAGCCGUGUACAUGUGUGAGUGGGAGAAAAUGAAACCUGCAAACGCCGACCCAGAAGGAGAGCAGGGAGGCGAGGGCCGUACCACGGCUGCCACAGAGGUGGAACAGGAGGGAAGCGAGGAGGCCAGUCGCCUUCACCAGCCCCCGGCUUCAGCAGGGGUGACGUACGAGCUCUGCGCUGGCAUCGUAGACAAACCAGAUCUCUCCCUGGAGGAGAUCGCCUGCCAGGAAGUGCUGGAGGAGUGUGGCUAUGAAGUUCCUGUUUCCAAGCUAAGGAGGAUCACGUCAUACAGGUCAGGAGUAGGAGUUACGGGAGCCAGGCAGACCAUGUUCUAUGCAGAGGUGUCCGAAGAGAACCGCGUUGGCGAGGGUGGUGGACAACCUCAAGAAGGCGAGCUGAUUGAGGUGGUCAAAGUGCCCCUGCAUGAGGCCAUGACUUUCGCCUAUGACGAGAGCAUCUCCAAAACCAUGGGUGUCAUUUUCAGCUUCAUGUGGUUUCAUAGCAACAUGGCACCCAAGUAUAAAAUCUCCACUAAUGUGUAACGGAUGACAGCUAUUGUUUCUUCCAACCUUCUAAAGCACCCUGUAUGUAAACUUUGUAUUACUUUGUGUUUCUAUUGAAUUGAAUACUGUGUUCUUAUUUGCUUUCCUCUUUUCUUACUCUAAUUAUUGUCUUAUUUCAGACUUUGCCUCAAACUAAUGUUAGCCAUAAUUCCUCCUUGGUAUUAAACAAGACUUAAAA